GACUGUCAGGACACCGGAAGAAAACGGGCCAAGUAUUAUUAAAAACUAGUUAGCGAAGGCACCGUAGACAGCCAGCAAGGAGGGUCUCUUGCCUGAAUGUUUAUUUCGCCCCACAACACAGAAAACUUUUUAUUUUACCAUGGUGCUGCCGCUGCACUGAUUGUCGUUUGAGACACCAAAGGGAAUUAGUCGUCAACAUUCCUCUCGCUCGCAGCGCAGAAACAAGGUGUGAAUGACCGACGUGGUGCCCCCCUCUGCGCUCAGCGAGAUUCAGCUCCGCCUCCUCUGUCACGAUGACAUAGAUAGCGUCAAGCUGCUCUGUGGCGACUGGUUCCCCAUCGAGUACCCAGACUCAUGGUAUCACGACAUCACCUCAAACAAGAAGUUCUUCUCCCUGGCAGCCACCUUCAAAGGAGGCAUUGUGGGAAUGAUCGUGGCCGAAAUAAAAGGCCGAACUAAAGUACACAAAGAGGAUGGGGACAUUCUGGCCUCCAGUUUUCCUGUCGACACGCAGGUUGCGUACAUCCUAAGCUUGGGUGUUGUGAAGGAGUUUCGGAAGCACGGAAUAGGUUCGCUGCUGCUGGACAGUCUAAAGGAGCACAUAUCCACCACGGCGCAGGACCACUGCAAAGCCAUCUAUCUGCACGUGCUGACCACCAACAGCACCGCCAUCCGCUUCUACGAGAACAGAGACUUUAAGCAGCACCAUUACCUGCCCUAUUACUAUUCCAUACGCGGCGUGCUGAAGGACGGCUUCACCUACGUCCUAUACAUCAAUGGCGGCCACCCUCCCUGGACGAUCUUUGACUAUAUCCAGCACAUCGGGUCGACCCUGGCCAACCUGAGCCCGUGCUCCAUCCCCCAGCGGAUAUACCGCCAAGCACAGAACCUCCUCCGCAGCUUCCUGCCCUGGUCGGGCAUCUCGUCCAAGAGCGGCAUCGAGUACAGCAGGACCAUGUGACCGCGCCCCAAGAAAAAGGAGGCGCACCAAACUUGGAACGGAGUGUUGUCUGUCUCUGAUGUCACUUCCUGUCACUGGGACCCACACAAGGAUCUUAAAUGAUGACAGAGACUUCAAACAAAGGCACACUCUUCUCCCUCGCAGUGUCAAAGUGUAUUAUAUCUGUACAGUAUAUAUACUAAUAUAUAUGAACAGCGUCAUUGUCAUUAUCUGGGUGCCAAUUUAAUGCGGACUACCCUGUUGACUUCAUGCCUGUAAGUUGCUGCUGUGUAGAAAAAAAUACCGCCUUUGUCUCAUUCAGAUUUUUUAAUCUAACUAGAUUUUUAUGUGUGCCUGUUUAUACUAGAGUUUGACAUUUAAAUGGUAAUAGCAUUUCCUUCAAGAUCAACACCUUAAUACUCCUCUCACUUCUGUGUGAAUAUGGUUCAAGUGUCCAACUCUUUGAACGAGUCACUUGUACAUAUUUGAUGGAUCACCAGUUACUUAGAAUUACCCAGUGGGUCAUGGCAUCCCCUAAGAUUUAGACUGCGUGCGUGUGUUUUUUUCCUGUUGUCGGCACCGCUGAAUUAACGUUUUGUUGGUUUGUGUUGAGCACACUCACAAUGUAAGCUGGAAAAGGUUCAAGAACAGAGCAUUUAGGAAUAUGGAAUACACUGCUGAGACAGGAAGGGUCUGCCUGGAAGCAUUGUCAAUUUCGGUGAGUUUCCAGGUAGAUCCCUCACAGGGAAUCCACUUAGUUUGUGUCCACGUUGCAAUAUCCGCAUUAGCGUAUACCCUAGUGAUUCUCAGUCCUGCUCUUGGGGCCCCCCUGCUCCGCACGUUUUCCAUCUUUCCCUGC